AUGGGGAGCGUGUACGACCACCGCCAGCAGCAGCUCCUCCACCACAAAACCAUCUUCCUCCCACUCUUCUGCCGCCUGUCGCUCAAAGACAUAGCCCUCCCCCGGCGCCGCCGCCGCGAUCCGUCCCCGUCCUCCCCCAGAGUCGGGUGCAUGGGCCAACUCAAGAGAAACAGCCGCCGCGAUCCAUCUCCCCCCAACCGCACCUACUCCAAGCUCAGGAGACUCUUCGCCGAGAUUAAUAAUUGCGGGAGUAGGAAGGAACUGCAGGUAGUGAGAUCGAAGGUGGUGGACGUGGGGGAGCUAGAUCCGCCGCUGCCGGUGGUGAAGAAGGCGGAGGAGAAUGCGAAUCUGUGGAAGAGGAGAUUUAAUGGGGCGCCGAUUCAGACAUUGCAGAUCCGAAACAUCACUCAUAUUGCUGCUUCUCUACCGCCGACUGUGUUAGCGAUGUAA